AUGGCAGAAGAAAUAAGGGUUGGUGAGGGUCAUAAAAUGAAAGAAAAACUAAUAGUACGUGAAACUGAAACUAAAGAAACUGAAGAAAAGAAUAAUGUAGUGGAUUUUGGAGACUUGUUGGAGAAACUGAACCUUGGUCAACAACGAAAGAAAAAGCUUAUUGUUCUUGCUCUUGGUGGACUUCUUUGCCAUAGAGUCUACCGCCGUGACAAGUCUAGUGCUCCAAAAUCUCGUCGUCCUGAUACUUCUUAUGGAAAUUUCUUCGUUUACAAGAGGCCUUAUUGUGAAGGAUUCAUGAAGUUCUGCUUGGAAAGAUUUGAAGUCGGAAUAUGGUCCUCUGCUAGAGAAUGGUACAUGAACAAUGCCCUGGAUUGCAUAAUGAAAGGAUUAAGGGGCAAACUGCUAUUUGCAUGGGAUCAAAAUCAAUGCACUGAUUCAGGUUUCCGUACAUUGGAGAAUAAAGAAAAACCUUUGUUUUUGAAGGACUUGAAAAAAUUGUGGCAAAACAAGUACCUUUCCAAAGGAGUGUUUUCUUCAUCGAACACUCUCUUGAUAGACGACAAGCCUUAUAAAGCACUGCUAAAUCCAUCAAACACUGCUAUAUUUAUUGAUCAUGAAUAUAAAGCUGUUGAUGUUGAUGAUGUGGCUUUAGGUCCAAAUAGUGAGCUUCGUGUUUACUUAGAUGAAUUGGCGAAAGCAGAAGAUGAUAUUCCUGGUUAUGUUGAAAAGCAUCCAUUUGGGCAACCUGCUAUAACUCCUAACCAUCCAGACUGGGAUUUUUAUUCCAAAGUUCUUCGAAGUUUUGGAAAGAACACCACUACUACUUAG